ACAAGUUGGUUUGUGUGCAAACUGUUCACAGUUCACAGUUCACAGUUCACAUACCCUUGUAGAAUCUAUCACUACUCUUUACUCUUCUUCAUCUUCCUUUCCACUAAAACAAACAUCUCUCUCUCUCACACAUUCACUCACUCACUUCCUCGGAUUACCCAUCCCGUCAUUUCAAUCACAAUGCCAAUCAACAAAGACCCAUCAACGUCCCCUCCCAUGAUUGGCAAAAUCGGACCUUACACUGUCUUUAUGACCCCUCCUUCCACCCCUAAACCGGUCGAGCAGCCGGUUUUUGAAUCCCCUAAAAAGAUGGUUUCUACGCCCCCUCCGGUUCAGCCUCCUCCGGUGCAAAUCGACAAGUCUGUUUCUUCUCACACUUUGCCAAAUGGGUCCGUUUCUGGAUUCUUCAGAAAUGCUGUCACUAAAGUUCAAAAUGCACAUUCGAGCUUAGAUGAGCAUUUAGCACGCUGGUUCGGGUUAAAUCAGUCUAAGUAUCAGUGGGCGUUGGAUGAUUAUUAUGAGACCAAGGAAUUGGAAAAAGAUGAUGUAAAAGCUAAAGACAUAUCAAGCAAAGUACAGAGUGUGUAACAUGGUUGGGAUGUUUUCCCAAAUUGGUCGAGGACGCAUUUUGUAGUACCUUUGUAUACCAUCUCUCUAUAUACCUAAUAUAUAGGAGGCAACAGUGAUCUGGAUGCUCAAAGGGGGGACCGUUGUCGGAGUUACUGAAGAUCUGCCUUUCUGCAUUUUGCUAUCUAAUACAGCAGUUAACCAAGUUUGGCUGUGCAUUAGGCUAUAAGUUAUGUAAUCUCUUUGAAAGUCUAUUUUUUGUGCCAAGUUUUUUUUUAUUGGUUAUGGACUUAAUGGAACUGCAAUCUAAUUAGAGAACUCCAAGUUGUGGAGAUGUAUUUGUUCUGGUAACUGAACUAAAGUAUUAACUUGCAGUAUGUUGUGGCCA